CCAAACAUAAGAGAGAAAAACAUUUCAUUGAUGCGCGACAACUAACUUAAUUUGUUCUUCAACAAAGCGUCGAGAAUCUUCUCAGUGGUUGCCGGGACACAUUUCAGCAUCAUGAACUCUGCGUGCUGUUUCUUCGUGCCUGUUGCUCUCAUUCUGAUGCUGAGCCCUUGCUCUAUUGCUGCAGUUUCCACAAGAAGGUGCCACUCCAUCUACAAGGGCUUUGCUCAGUGUCUCAUGGCUCUGGGUGACAGCCUGACGGACAGCGCACGCAAGGAUGAAGACACUCAUGAGAUACACUCCAUCUGCAGGUCAUGGGAUGAGUUUCAUGACUGUGCCAACGUGGCGAUGGCUGGUUGUCCAGAGGAAGCUGCAACCGUCUGGGAGUCUCUUCGUCAAGAAUCCAAGAAGAUGCAGUUUUCAGGAAACCUCUAUGACAUGUGCUCCAACCGCAACAGUCACACGUUAACCUCAAUGCCCCCGCGAGGCUCCCACAUCAAAGGAGAGCUUAACCAAGAGUCUCUAAGAGGGCGAGUCGGUCGUUUUGCAACCUCAUACUAUAUUAUCAUGCUCCUGUCUCCUCUGUGGCUCCUGUUUUGAACAGAACUGCCUCAACACAAUGGGACUUGUGUAAAUAUAAACGUUGUGAGUUUUUGCCUCCAACGUUCUUCACCGACCGCUUUUCCGAGACACCAGAAGAGAGGAAUGCAUGCUUUCUUUCUGAAAUUCAAUCAUCCUCUUUCUUACAGAGUUCAAUUGACACUUGUAUGAGCUGCAACCUGUAUAUACAUCAGCUAAUAAUAGCAGCCAUACAUCACCUGUCUAUAUACAUUUGUUAAUCUCAUAAUGUACAAGCUUUUAGCAAGAACUGGCUAAAAAAAGAACAGAUCCGGGGCCAUUAUGGACUGCCCUCUUCAUUUUCGUCAAAAACAGCAGACAACAGCUGCUGCAUUUAGGUUACAGGCUUUUGAAUGAACUUUUUUUUUUUUUAAUAACGCAAAGAA